GUGACAUGUUUGUCAGGUGGGCUGGACGUUGCCAAGAUGGUGAUCUUCAGUGUAUAUGUGGUGAAUAAGGCUGGAGGUUUAAUUUAUCAGUACGAUAACUUCGUUCCAAAAGCUGAGGUCGAGAAGACAUUUAGCCACCCCUUGGAUUUGGUGCUCAAACAUCACGAUGAGAAGGUCGUCGUGUCGUUUGGACAGCGGGACGGAAUCCGAGUGGGCCACGCAGUGCUGUCCAUCAAUGGAUUGGAUGUGUGUGGAAAAAACACAGCAGACGGAAAGGACAUCCUUGAAUACUUGAAAGACUCCUCUAACUACCCAGUGUCUAUUCGUUUUGGACGGGCCCGUCUGAGCUCUAACGAGAAGUUGAUGCUGGCAUCGAUGUUCCACUCGUUGUUUGCUAUAGGUUCACAGUUGUCCCCUGAAGUUGGCAGUUCUGGGAUAGAGAUGCUAGAAACAGAUGUCUUUAAACUUCACUGUUUCCAGACUCUGACAGGGAUAAAGUUUAUUGUGCUGGCAGACCCGCGGCAAUCUGGUAUCGAUGCUCUUUUGAGGAAAAUUUAUGAGAUCUAUUCAGAUUUUGCCCUGAAGAACCCGUUCUAUUCUUUGGAAAUGCCAAUCAGGUGUGAACUCUUUGAUCAGAAUCUAAAAAGUGCAUUGGAGAUAGCAGAAAAAGCUGGAAACUUUGGAGCUGGAUCCUAAACCAGAGAUAUCAUAAAUCCAAAAGAACAGAACUUGCUAAUAGAAUUUUCCUUAUUGCUUUGAAAUGGGAUUGUAAAUAUGGAAUGUUUUGUAAAUACUUUAAGAUUAAACUAAUGUGUUAAUUCA